UCGUUCUCCAUAGCUUUAGAUUACAACCCUUAGUACUAUAUUUGAGCGUCGCAAAAUCUUCACUUGACUUACCAAUCUAUAAUUCGAUAUUCAAACUCGGGAAACAUGUGGUGGCCACUGAGCAGUGGUGAAUCAAAGAAAGCCAGCAAAGCCACGAGAUCAUCCCAUACUGGGCGCCCCUCUUCUUCGACCCGUGAGACUUACCCCCAACGAAGCAGCGAGAUAAUUCAAUCCGCAAUUAGAAUGCUGACCACAGUGCUACAUAGACAAUGUAUCCAAAGGAUACUCGUCUCUCGAGUCCCAAAUCCUGGAAAUGAUAAACGGUCUCCCGAAAGACCUGAAGCAGAGAAACAACACCUGUGGAGAGGCAACGUCUUCCCGAGACCUCUGUGAUCUUCACUGCUCGUUAAACUAUUACCUUGUUGACGACAUUCUCCGCCUUGUCAAGCGUGAGAUCACAUCCCACUUUCGCCAACUCGAUGCAUACCCAGAUCUCAUUGAGACCGCGGAGGCGGAAAUUCUGCACGACCUUCGUGCCUUGAAGGGACUAUGGACGAAGCCAUGCCCCGACAGCCCCGUUCCCCCGUGUGCAUGGCCAUACCAGAUCAAUGAAUGUGCAGCUUGUAUGCUAGCCCGCAUCGCCUCGGACAAAGAUGCCCUCCGCAACUUGCGGGUCGUUAUUCAAAGUCGCACUCGAACGCGCAAGAACCAUCGUCAGCAGGAAUUGAAUAUCUUCGUCAACCAUUGCAUUAACAGAUUUCCUCCCGCUGAAGCGGAAGAUUUGCAUAGCACUUCUAGUCAACUUGCCUUCGGGAUGAAGCGCGCUCGCAAGGCCUGCGUCAAGGCUUAUAUUCGUGAUCGAGAAGAUGAUGCUGAAAGACACUCGCGGCGCAAGCGUUGUCAUCAUAAAUGGAGAACAGGUAGUAUCGACCCCCGUACCGAUCAAGCAGAGUAGAAAAAUAGCAGUGGACUGACCAAUGCAGAUCGCGCCAGAAGGCAUCGAACUCCGAGUAUCACCUUUACAACUGCCUCGGAGGCGAAUCUUGUCAUAACACCGUGCCCGGUGCCAUACCCUCUCACCAUGCACCACCUGCAAGACGGCGCUACAUCUCCGUCGAGUGAUUCAUGGGAUGACUGUGGCAUUAAUCGCCGUCGAAGAUCAGCAGCUCCGAGCCCAGAGUCUCC